AUGAAACUGCUUUGUAAAUGGCACAUCGAUAGAGCUGUUAUAGCUCACUGUAAAAAAUCAUUUCCAGACAAUGCAUCUUGGGAUGCAUUCUACUCCAUGUGGCACAUAUUACUAGAAUCAGAAACUGAAGAUGCGGAUGCGUAUCAUUACAAUUUAUCUGCUUUUGAGGUAAAUUUACAAAGCUACUCCAAGGUCGUGAAUUAUAUUAAAGAUGUAUGGUUGAUGUCAUAUAAGGAGAUGUUCAUAUCUGCCUUGACAAACACAUAUAUGCAUUUCGGCAACCUGACCACUAACAGAGCUGAGAGUCAGCAUUCGAAGUUGAAACGAUACUUCGACACAUCACAAUCAGACUUGGAGUCAUCGGUGUCGUCUAUUCAUCAACUUAUCCAAGGUCAGUUGACAGCAAUAAAAGCUAGUUUGGAGAAGAGCAAAAAUAUUGUCCUACAUCGAUUCAAAAGAUGUAUGUUCCGAGAAUUACGGGGUUUUGUCUCAGUGGAUGUGUUGAAUCUGAUUUGGUUGGAAUUUGAACGAUCUAAAGUUGUUGGAGAAGACAUCAACUCUUGUAGAUGUAAACUUCGUACGAGUAAUGGAUUGUCAUGUGCGCACGAGCUUGCAAUAUACACGAAUGAAGAUCGUCCUAUACCACUUGCUUGCAUUGAUAAGUUUUGGCCAAAACUUGACUUAUUGCCAAGUGUCUCGCAUGUCAAUGAUGAUAUCGAUUGUAGUGUUGAGCUACAAAUGUUCACAGAACAAUUUAAGCAUCAAUCAAGGUCUGGUAAAGUCAGUCUACUAAGGAAGUUGAAGGAGAUAAUUAAUCCAUCAAUAACUGCUCUUCUUCAACCAGUUGUUAAGACAAAUAUUCGUGGACGCCCCUCCUCAAAGAAGAAAGUAGAGAAAUCAACUCAUUGUAAUCAGAACGCAUUCGAUUUUGUUCAAUACGAUUUGAAUCAUUUUCAAGGUCCAGGUAGACACAGUUGUUCAUCAGUUCGCCCCUCCUCAAAAAAGAAAGUAGACAGAUCUACUAGUGGUGAUGCGUUUGCAUUCGAGUUCGUUCAGCAAGAUUUUUGUUAUUCUCAUGAACCAGGUAGACACAGUUGUUCAUCUCUUUACAACACCCCACCACUUCCUACGCAAAGGAUUUCAAGAUCGAGGUCAACUGCCUAUGAGCAUGUAUAUCUUAAUCAGUUCCCACCUAUAUUGCAUCCUUACAUUAUGUUCGUAAAAGAUGUAAGAGCUGAUGGAAAUUGUGGCUUCCGAGCUAUUGCUGGAUUACUUGGUUUUGGAGAGGAUGCAUGGUGCUUGACAUUUUUACCACUGCAAUCAAUGCCUCCCUCGCCGCAUGAACAUGUUACUAUCACUAUCGGGUUCGUUAAUAGUAAUCACUCUGUCCAGAUUGCCUUAACAGAGGGUUACCCGAUGCCUCCCAUUAUGAUUCAAUGGUUUACAUAUAGGUAUGAUUGCGCAGCUGCAUGGAUUACACCUUGUGACGGUGAAACUUAG